AGGUAGUUGCACCUCUAUGCGAUAAACGUAACCCUCCUCCCCUACGACGGCAGAGAGAAGGGUACACAAUUAAUAUCGCAGAGGGGCGUUUUGUUUGAUUGGUUUGGCAAUGGCAUGGAGGAAGGGGUCAACCUCCUGAUGACUGUCUGAGUCUGACCUUGUUCACGGUAUGGACCAAUGGAUGGAGAGAGAGGCUAACCUGCAGUGACCUGUUCAGAGCAAGGACCAUGACUUUUAAUUUUAUGAUAUGCCAACGCAAUGUUUCUCUGGUAGUUUGGUGGCAUUCAGUCGAGGUUUCUAUAAAAUUCACCGGGACUGCCAGUACUUGUCUUGUGUAUGUCGGACAUUGAGCCAUGGUCAUACCCUUUUUAAGAAUACUAUUUUGGGGAUCGAAACGUCAGACCAGUAACUAUUGUUUUUUUGCAUGUACACACGUGACAUUUAAGUUAAACUUUUAACCGAAAUUCAUCCACAUCAUCAUGGAUUUCCGAUUCGAUGGAAAAAGAGCACUUGUUACAGGAGCUGGUAAAGGUAUUGGAAGAGGUACAGCCAAAAUGCUUGCCAAAUGUGGGGCGGAAGUCUUUGCACUCAGCAGAACCCAAGCUGACCUGGAUAGCCUUAAACAAGAGGUUCCAUCAAUAAAUACUAUUUGCGUGGAUCUUGGCGAUCAGGAGAAGACCCAGUCAUUAGUGGAGGCUAUUGGACCAAUUGACCUUUUGGUCAAUAAUGCAGCCAUUGCUUCAUUGUCACCGUUUCUUGAGGUCACUGCAAAAUCAUUUACCGACAUGAUGGACAUAAAUGUUAGAGCAGUCAUACAAGUAUCUCAGAUUGCAGCCCGCACAAUGAUUGCUAGAGGGUGUGGGGGUUCUAUAGUUAAUGUCUCAAGCCAAGCAUCGCUAUUGGGUCUUACAGGCCAUACAGUGUACAGUGCAACUAAAGCAGCAGUAGAUUCACUAACAAAGACCAUGGUGAUGGAGCUUGGACCUCACAAGAUCCGAGUGAAUUCUGUGAACCCAACAGUAGUUCUGACUGACAUGGGUAAAGUUGGUUGGUCCGAUCCCAAAAGAGCAGACCCAAUGAAGGCACGUAUCCCAUUGGGCAGAUUUGCAGAGGUUGAUGAAGUUGUCAGUGCGAUAGUGUUCAUGUUGAGUGACCACAGUGCAAUGGUCAAUGGGACCGUUCUACCAAUUGAUGGAGGAUUUCUUGCAGUUGGAUUAUAGCUAAACUCAACCCCUAGCCUUUAUAACACCAUGUGACUGACAUCAAAAGGAAGUAUGUUUAUUAUAUAAACAAAAAUAUAUUCCCUUUACAACCACACUGCCACCCUCUGCAUGCAAAGGAAAUCAAAUAUAUACCACAUCAACAUUUAUUUUGAAAAAGUGCACCCAAUCACGUUAAGAAAAGGAAUAAAUACUAGGAAAUUAUGACCAUGAGAGAAACAAAUACAUUUUUACUGUUUCCAAAGGUUUGAAAAAUUAUAUAUUAUUGAUACCUAGAAUAGUAAUAGUUUUUCUAAUACCAUUUUCAAGUAAUGUGAUUGGGUUUUGUUUUGACAAACAGAUUCUCAAUUAUUUACCUUUAUAUACAUAUGUGUACUCACUGCAUUGCAGUGCUGACAAAUUUUAACGCAAGAUAACCACACUGACAUGGGUUUCAGCAGUGCACAUAAUUAAGUAAAAAUGACAAGGAUUGUAUCAAAUGUUUUUACCAAAAAAAGUAGUUAAAAAAAAACCUGUACAAGUUAUUUUUAAUCUAAGAGCCCAAGUUUGCCAAAAUGUAUGUUCGCCUACAAGUACUUCUUGUUAAAUGCAACCUGAAUACCGACUUCAGCAGUAUUUGGUUUCAGGCUGGGAUUGAUCCUAUGUGUGCCCUGAUGUUGUUUAUCUUUCAAUAUUAGGUCAGCCUAUUUUUCAUAAAAUGUGAUUCAAUAGGGCCUAGCUAUUCUCAAUUCACAGUCGUUUUUAUUUGUGUUUAAUGCAAGAUCUUGUUUAACAAUCGAACUGUUACCAUUAAUACUUUACAAAAAACCAGGCCGAUACCAUGGCUAUUCAAUCCUUUAUGGAGGCCUACAGAACUGUUUUUUAGAGCAGUAUUUUUCCAACCUGUAUGAUUUCCAUGGGAAUGUGUCGAUUCUUAUUGAUUAAAAUUUAAUGUAUAAUAAAGAAGAAACCAAUCAA